AUGCCCACGCCCAAAAUCUACCUUUACGCUGAGGCACUUACUCAUAUUCGCCAGCUCACUUUAUAUGCCUCUCUAGAGACCGAGAAGAAUGAGCAUACCAAGAUCCUGUUGUCUUCGGAUAAGAAGAUCAUCACUGCAGUGCACGAUGGAGAAUCUUCUAGCAUCUAUCUUCCAACCCAGAUCUCUGGUACUGCACAUGUCACCUUUCCCAUAGACAAGAAAACAGAGAUCUCGGCUCGGCUACAGAUAGACGAUGCCGCUCAACUCAAAGCUGUCUCGGACGAACCAGGCGGUAUCGAGGUCCCCUGGACUGCAGGUGAUCUGAACGAGGGUACCUCGAUCCGGUGCAAAAGCUGUCAUGGUGUUGUCCUACGUCCUGGACAAGUCAGUACCUGGAAGGACUUGCCCAGCGAACAUUGGGCGGAACUCAUGGACUUUUGGUUCUGCCAUAAGCCACAUGAUAAUGAUUCUGCUCAUCAACAUGCCGCCGAAUCCAAAGGCUUCUCACCUACCAGCAAAUUUACCGCCACUCCCAGAGUUGGGCUGGUCGAUGCUGUCUCUUUUCUGCUGCAUGAAGCGAACUGUUCCAAGCUGCAAAAUGUCAAGUAUCCCUCGAGGAAAGGCACCUUCACCCUGAAAUGCUCGGAUUGCGGGACCACGCUUGGCUCUCGUCAAGAAAGCGAGACGAGCUACCGAUUAUUCAAGUCCAGAUUACAGGUCGUGUCCGGCUCAAACCAAAGCCCCGAGGAAUACCCAGCGGCGACCUUUGUUUGUGCUCAACUGCUGUCGUUAAUCGAAAGCUCUGUGACUCGCAGGGUAGUGGUGCAUGCCGACAAUCAUACUGAUCCCGACCGGGAGACAGAGGGUCUUAUGAUCUGGAUCUUCAAUCCAGACAUCUAUUACUCAAGCAGCAGGCGAGGGCCUACAGCGCACCGGGCCAUGAAAGUCUUCUACAAGACUCUUUCGGAUCCUUUGAAAUUCCUGGACGCCAACAGCAACACAUACGAGGAGCUCGUUGUGACCGAGGAAGACCUCGCGGACUUCAGAAAGAGCUUACAGGAAAGCACAACAAUCCUGCCCCAGUCUGCGCGAAAGUUCCAAGACUGGGAUGUUGGAUUGAUUGAUCGUUGGGAGAAGAUUGCCACCGGCUCCGCCAAGAUGGACGAGAAUCCUCUCAACAAAAGAGUGGAUGAAGGCUUUGAACCGUUCAAGCUACCGGCUGGGAUGCAGGAGCUGUACUUAUGA